GUGCACAGAGCGUUUUCACUGUCGUAUUCUGAAAGCCAUCUGUCUGCUGAGGGGAAGCUGUCACGGAUGUCUGAUAAGAAGGACACUGAUUAUUUGAUAACGCCUGGGGAAGAGCCUAUAAAGGUGUCCUACAUUUUCCCGAAUGGAGACAGAUAUGAGGGGGAGUGCAGCAGGGGUGCAGCAGGGGCGUUGAUGAGGAGUGGUACUGGGAAACACACAUCAGCAGGGGGUGUGAUAUACACUGGAGAGUGGCAUGAAGACAAAAUCCAUGGUAGAGGGACCCUGCAGCAUCCCUCCGGAGCAAUAUACGAAGGAGGAUUCAAAGAUAACAUGUAUGAAGGGACAGGAACAUACACCUUCCCAGACGGCUCUGUGUACAAAGGUCAAUUUCACAAGGACAGGUUGGAGGGAGAAGGGGCGUUCACUGACACACAGGGACUGGCAUGGACAGGGGAGUUCCAUGGCAAAGCAGCACUGGGCCUGAAACUGCAGUAUAACAGUUAAGACAAAAAACAAACAUGGAUGAGCUAAUCUGAAUAUGGUAUUUUCCUCAUUGACAUUCAACUUUAUGGAAUAA